AGGGACGUAAAAUAACCCGUCGUUCUCUCUCGUCUUGCAAUCUCAGAAGUGACGAUGGAGGGACGAAACUGGGCGGACCUCCCCGACCUCGCCCUCUUCUCCGUCCUCCUCUCCCUCUCCUCCCUCCCUGACCUCUUCUCCUUCGCCGGCGUCUGCCGCGCCUGGCGAUCCUUCCUCCGUUCCGCUGCCCCCGAACUCUACCUCUCCUCCCGCCCCCCUCUCCUCCUCUGCCCGCCACAUCGCCAACCUCACCGCCGCGUUUUCCAACUCUCCCCCAACACCACCGCCUCCGAUUUCCGCCUCUACGCCCUCGACCACCCUUCCACCUCCUUCAAAUCCCUUCUUUCCAAUGAAACCCUCGCCACCCUUUGCUUCGGCUACUCUCACGGCCACCUCCUCCUCCUCCGCCGCCCCCGCGAGGCCCUUCUCGCCGACGUCCUCACCGGCGCCGAGAUCCACCCCCCUACUCUCCCCCCCGACCGCUAUACCUACUACUACGCCGCCCUCACGGCCCCGCCGUCCUCCCCCGACUGCCGCAUCCUCCUUUUCUACUCCAGAUACGCUCUCUUGUGCUGCCGACUCGGCGAUCCCUAUCCCGGGUGGACCAAGCUCCGCCUGCAACCGGGCGUUUCAUACAUCGCACGUGUCCUCAGUUUCAAAGGCCGGAUCUUUGCCGUAGAUCACGGAGCAAAGCUUCUUGCUUUUGAUUUCGAUCCCGAUUUCAGGGUGGAGAUGUUGAAAGUGGGAGGACUUCGGCCGAUGCCGGCUCAAAACCGGUGGCAGUUUGGUCCUCAGCUGGUGGAGUGCGGCGGAAAGCUGCUAUUAGUCCUCUUUUUUCAAGAGAGGAGUAGGUGGGAAACAAGGGUUGAUGCGUAUAGAUUGGACUUUGAGAGGAUGGUCUGGGCACAAGUCGAGAGUCUGGGGGACUUCUCUUUGUUCAUUGACUGCGGAGGGAGAUGCCCGGUGUCGUGUGCUAAUCCAGGCAGCUGGGGAGGGAGGAGUAACUGCAUCUAUUUGGCAGGUCUCGAUUGUGCAUGCUGGAAGCAGUAUUCUUUAGAUGACAAGACUUGGAGAGAGUAUUCUCCGGCUGGUAAGAUGAUUAGCUCCGGCUCCUUUCCACCUUUGAUUGAUCCUCCACUUCUGCCGUGCUGGCCUUCGCCAUUCUGGGUGUAUCCAAGUCUGUUUUUUGGACCCUGAUGGCAUGCCAAACCCUAUUAGUAGAUACAAUAGCAUUGUCUUGCUUGAAAGAAGGUCUUCUGUAGCACACCUGCAGUUAUGUUUGAAUAUCUAUAGGUGAUUUUAAUUAAAUUAAGCCUAAAGACUUCUGACUGUUCAUCUUCCUGCAGUCUGUAGCUUGGAAUUUGCAUACAUUUAGGAUAUUAUAUCUGGUGUUUUUGUUGAUCUUUGAAUCACCAGCAAGUCCUUCAUUUAAACAAUCAAAAUGAAGUUACGGCAGAAGCAAAGAAGUUUAUAAUAUUGCAUUGUGAUACAAUUUUUUUGGGAAAUUGAGGGACGUGCUAUUCCUCUUUGUGGUACUUUCCAUGAGUGCUAAUCAUGAAGGACAUCUGCAAUUUACUAGUCUAUGAUCAGAUUCUAAUGUUGUUGUUA